CUAUUAAAUAAAAGCGCCAAAAAGCCCUGCUAAAGCACCAAAUCUAUACAGAUGCUACAGAGCUAGGUUGAAGUAAUGUGUUGCUACUUCUGGUGCUUUGUUUUUGUUUUGUUUUUUUAAUGUCUGGAAGCAGCCUUUACAUAUGGAAUGACCUUUACAUUGUCUGUGUUGGAAUCAGGACUGGACAUAAAAGAGAGGCCUUUGGAUUUCUAUCAGUCAACAAGCACCUAAAAAUGCAGAGGUCAGGUUCUCAUUGCAGCAGAACUCGGUGCAUUCAGUGAAAAAACUACUUCAUCUGAAUGUAUGAUGGAGAUUUAAAUCUCUGUAGGAAAAAAUUAAGAGCUCAGCUUUUGUAACACCUGCAACUGCUGUUAUGCGCACACAUUACCAGCCUAAUUCAAAGCCCACUGAAAUCAGUUGUAAAGGGUGUCUGUUACACAACUGAAUUCACACUUGAACGGUUAAUGAUGAUGUAGAGAUUAUGUAUGUAUUUAAAUGUCAAAAGUUGCCAUUGAAUUGUGCAGUGUAAUUGCAAAUUGACAUUAAUGCAAUGUAAAGUGUUUUUCUCGUAUUUGUGUAUACGUAUUCAUUUAUGGUGUGCCUGUCAUGAGCACUCAGCCCACAAGUGUGAAGUUUAAAACUGCACAGAAAAUUAAAUUAACGUUCAGUUUAAGACCUCAGUGUAAUGUUCCUGGCUUAGUAGAGCUAUUGAGCUUACUGACACAAGCCCAGAGGCUGCUACAUUCACUUGGAGAAUACAGCAUGUGGAGUGGCAUGGCACAGUGUGCUUAUGGCAACACCCUGUAGCAAUAUCCUCCCAUGUUCAAAAAGAAACAGCAGAUCUUCCCAUCUUGAUCAUUACUCUGAGGGAAAAAAAGCAUUAAUAAAUACAGGCAUAUUUGUAAUGCUGUUACUAGACACUCCUUGUACACUAGAAAUCCAACUAAUACCAAAUUAUCUGAAAGGCUGAUAAGUAGAUACAAGGCAAGGGAAGAAAGAAAAAGCUCAUCUAAUGUCCAUUCAGUCUGAUUUCAAAAUUUUCUUUUCCCAGAGCAUGAUUAUGAAUUUGUAGAAGAGAUGCAAAACUAUGGUUUCUAGCGACUCCCUUGAAGGCUUAUCUGCCACUAUAUGUUGUUCAGGACUGAAAGGAAUGAAAGCCCCACACUGUCGCCCAGGAGACAGCAUCAUUCCCGUGUGCCUAAUGUAAAGAUGAGUUACUCUCACACUGAAGGGGAAGAGAAGGUGCCAAAUGAUGAACUGGAGUGCAAAAUCUGUUACCAGAGAUUUAAUGUUCACAGUCGUAAACCCAAAAUCCUGGACUGUCUCCACAGGGUAUGUGCUAGAUGCCUGACUAAAAUACUGCACAUAGGAGAUGGCUCUCUUUGCAUUAGUUGUCCAUUUUGCCGCCAUGAGACAGAGUUGCAUGAAGAUGAAGUGGAAGGACUCCCUAAUGAUACAAACAUUAUGUCCAAACUAGCGCUGAAAGACAGAACAGCCUGGAAUUCUGACUGUAAGGAAGUGGUUUUAACACCCAAAAACUUGGCUUCCUCAAGUCCUUCCCAUGGAUCUUCAAACUGCUUAGUAAUUACAAUCAUGGAAGUACAAAGAGACUCCACAAGGACUCCAAGCCAAAACACUAUCUCAGAUUAUUAUGCAGACCAUAGCCUUGACUCAGUAUCUCUGAGUUCUCACAGUCAAUUAGACCAAGAUCUCUUCUCUAAGCUGUGUAAUCAUGUACCCAGAAUACUGGUGUGGCUGCUGGGAUUUUUCUAUUUUGGUUCACUGCCUCUUGGAAUCUAUUUAUUGGUGAUUCAGAAAGUGACCCUAGGAAUUGUGUGCGUCAGUCUUGUUCCCUCAAGUCUAACUAUAUGUCUUGUGUAUGGUUUCUGUCAAUGCCUUUGUCAGGGAAUGUGUGACUGCUCUUCAAGAAGUUGACAGGUGUUACUUUAUCAAACUGUACCUUUUAAUUGAAAUGGAAUGACAUAAUUAGAGACAUUUAACAUUAUGGUCUAUUAAAAUGGCUGCAGUAUGAUUUUAAGUCUCUCGGUCACCGUUCUUAGCUAUAGCUAGCAAAAAAAAUCUAUUUUUUUAAAAAGCAAAAAGUACAUACUAGAAAAUUGGUUAAAUAGUAUGAUUUUUACUAUAAAGGUGGUAGUUUCUUAAUAAUUGUAUAUGUUUAUAACCAGCAUUUAAAGAUUGAUCUAUCUAGAAAUCACUGGUGAAAACUAUGAUUACAAAAAUGGAAUUUUGUUUUUUACAAUAUGGUGAUACCAUUUUUUUUAAAGAGCAAGUAUCGGAAACACUCCAAUUUGCUCUAAAAACACCUUUUAAGUGUCACCUUUUUCAGGUUCUGUGUGGUACUUUCUUAUGAAUCUUAGGGAAAGAAUGAAGAUACAAAACCCUAAGAUUUGAGCCAAAUAUUUUGUAAAAGGAAAAUGAAAGUGUCAUAAAUAUUUGUAAAACAUACGAUCAAAAAUGUAUUUUUCCUCAGUAAAGUUUUUAGCAAGUCAUAAGUUACUGCUGAAAUCUUAAAGAUAUAAAACAAACUUGCAGGCAGUUAAACUAAAUUUUUAUAGGGACAAGUGAAAUAGUGUUUUCAAGAAUAUGUUUUAGAAAUUAGCUGUUUCUGAACUAUCCUCUGAUGGAAAGGAUGCCAAAGUAGAACUGGAUUUAUAAAUUGUUUUUAAAAUGUUCAGUAAAAAUAUGCUUAAUAAAAUAUAUUUGGUACAUUAAAAUAAUUACUUAGUCAAUUCCUAGA